AUGGCAGCCUCUUUUACGAAAGUCGUUAACUGUGAUAAUCUUUGGCGACCUUGGUAUAUUAUCCUUGUUACUUGCCUUCAGGCCUAUAUACUCUACUCGGGUAUCGCUCGUUACAUUGCUUUCAAGGAGGAUUACUACGACCCAAAAUAUGGCGGAAAUUGGAACUCUGAUGCUCUAAAUUUCUACCUCUCCAUGCUUAUUAUUGGCUCAUUUUUCGCUUGCCUAUUUCUCUACACCUCCAUUACUCGGGGAUCGAAUUUGGCUGGGGAGGGAAUGACACUGGGCCAAGGAAUGCCUGUUUGUUUUUCCCAACCCCCUAGAAAUUACCCCUGGCAAGCACAUCAAGCACCGCUAUCUCAACAAGAGGGGAGCAAUGCAGGUCUCUAUGCUACCGCAAAUGGAGUUCUAGGCAGGGGAAAUUUGAGUGCGGGUUUGGGUCCAGCCGGGGAAGAGGAUGGACUUCCCCAAUUUGACACGUGGUCGGCCCGCAGUGCUCUCCACUUACCCCCUACUGAUUUUUUCGGCUAUCCCAUCAUCCCCUCGAUGUUUCGAUCAGUGAUGUCAACUGGGGGCACUAUAGCCACCGGAGCGAAGGAAGGAGGUUGGACAUUACUUGGCAACUUGUGGAGACAUUUUAAACGCCAAUUUAUUCCCACAUCUUCCUUAAUGCACAUCAUUUCUGCAUAUGCCUUCUUCCUCGCUUUACCGGUACUUGAAGCCCAGCGAAUCAAUCAUCAUGUUCUUCACUUUGAAAAUGUUUUGGGAAGCAAUCUGAAUCUAAUUCUACGCGCCUCACCAGCCAAUGCAAUGUCCCUGGAAUACUUUAAUCUCCUCUUUGCUUUCGCUGCUCUGGCACUUCGAUAUCCAGCCAUUUUCUGGCAGACCAACCAUUGUUUCGCCUUCACAUUCUCCCUCCUCCUCGUGAUUCUUGGCAUUCAAGGCCUCUUAGAAAUCAGCACAGCAGAAGUGAUCGUCAAACUCUGCUGGAAUAAAAAGGAUCUAGCUCCCUCUUUGGCUGGUCUCUGUCGAACAGCAACUUCUGAACCCGCUGAAACGCAUAAGAGUAUUCCCGAACCAACAGGUUUUGAUGACCCAGAAGGUCUUAAUAACGCUAAAGCCCUAUUUCUAUCCACAGUUGCAACUUUCAUUUUGCUUCUUCUGGUAACCUGUGUUUUUGACUAUGGAGUGGACCAAUUUGUUGACAGACUAAUAGCUCUAAGACGUAGUGCAAUCUUUGGAGCAACAACUCAAGAUGUUGCGCCGUCCGAAACAGCAUCAAUUCGAGGUGUAGGGGUGUGUGGAUUGAAGACUGAAGGACAGAGAAGUCGUCAAAGAGCAGUUUUAUGUAGACGGAUGAUUGCGGUCCUGGGAGCAGUCUGUGUAUUGGCUAUCAAGAUGCCUAUUCUUAUUGCUUCGGGGAGGGCAUUUGAAGUUCACAGACAUCCUCUACUCCUGGCGAAUAUUGUCGCAACGGUGUUCUUCUUUUGGAUCAGUGGCUCCGAAUCCGUCGGCACACUUUUCGAGGUUGAAAAAAGUGGACGUGUGGUAUUAAGACGAUCUCUCGACUUUGAAACCUGGAAAUCCUACACUUUGCCCAUCAGUGUUACCGACGGGGAUUUCACCACUGAGACUACCCUUCAUGUUGCCGUUGCCGAUGUCAAUGAUGAGGCCCCGCGUUUUGAAAUCAAUCCAAUUCAUUUGAGCGCUGAGGAGAAAACGGCAGCUAAACGAUUAAUUGGUCAGGUAAGAAUUUACGAUCCAGAUAGCGUGGAGGUGAACGGUGUGGUUCGGUGCAGUGAGCCAGCCGAACUGGCUCACCGUCAAGUCCUUCUCUUCUCCCCAGACCCCCAGGCACAUCCCUCUGCAGGCCGAUAUGACCUUCAGACUAGAAUAGAAUUGGAUCGUGAGGGUCCAGACAUCCUGCCAGGUGGUCUGGCACUUAUUCGGCUCAUUUGCUGGGAUGGGAACGAGAUGAUUCAUCCAUCAAACAAACCGAAAAGGAAACUCACUUCAACAUUGACUGCGACGUUAACAAUCAGGGAUAUUAAUGAUAAUCCACCAAUGUUUCAACAACCGAUUUAUCACGUCACUUUGGCUGAGAACAACCCUAUCGGUGCCAAAAUCAUUCAGGUUCAAGCUCAAGACCUAGAUGAUGGUGAAAAUGCAGAGAUAACGUACUCUCUGCUCGAUCGAGCUAAUUUUCACGUGAACCCGGUGUCUGGUUGGGUUACAGCCACAGUGGAGUUUGAUAGGGAGAAGCGGGACUCCUAUCAAGUGUCCAUAAUUGCCACUGACAAUGGAUCCCAAAGAUUAACAGGCUCAGCACUCCUCAAUGUGACGAUCCUGGACCAAAACGACAAUCCACCUCAACUGAUUGCCUGCAACAAAAUGUCAGACCCCUUAGUGGUUUUGGAAAACUCUGCACCUGGAACAUUUAUCGGUAAUCUGAUCGCAACUGAUGCUGAUACAGGACGAAAUGGGGAAAUCCUCUUCCGACUGCCAAAAAAGACAGCAUCAUCUGCUUCACAUUUUGAGUUGCGUCCAAAUGGAACACUUUAUACAUCUUUGCCUCUUGAUAGGGAACAAAAGGCCACAUAUGAACUACUGGUGGAAGUAAGAGAUCGUGGAACACCAAAUGUUUUGUCCUCUACGGAGACAGUUUGCAUUACAGUACUGGACGGAAACGACAAUGCCCCUCAUUUUGUAUUGCCUGACAAGCUUUACUCCCCAGACGAUCGGGUUUUAGAUAAUCCCAUAAGAAAAAGGGAAUAUAAUGAGAAGGUUUCUGACGCUGGGACCACAAAAUUUCCUCCGGAUAAUGGACGAGGGGAUUUAAGUGUGGACCCUUCACUGAGGGUAUCACUUCACGAGAUCCAAGGUCAGUUUGUGACUCGUCUUCAGGCUACAGAUCCGGAUGAGGGUGCUAAUGGAAGGGUUACCUACGGACUCAAGCGACAUGCUCAAUCAAGAACUCGUGUUAAUCGGGUAGUAGGUGAUUUUCUCGGUGUGGAUGGGAAUACCGGUGAAGUUUGGCUAAAAAGAGCCCUUCAAGAAGACGAUCUCGGACCUCAUCUUUUUAUUGUCUCAGCAAGCGACCAGGGUUCUCCAGAAUCUCUAUCGGAAAGCAAAGUGAUGCUUGUGUCGGUUGAAAACAUUCCACCAAGGUCAUUGGAUGGUGGAGGAGCAAGCUCAAGCUUUGUUGCCUCUGCAAACGGGAGUGGAGAGAGCGGUAUUUUUGCUAAUCUCUUUCCAAUGAAACUCGGUGAACGCAAAAAUGCUCUUAUUCUAGUUGGUCUCAUCUCCGUUUCGGUAAUUCUUGCCAUUGCGCUUGUUGCUGCGAUGAUAUGUAUGCUUAAACCCUGCAGGCCUUUUUCACGUCAAUCGCAGCGGUUUUUCAAUCAAAAUCAAAUAAGUUCAUCAAACGGCUAUAAUAGUGCCGCUCUACAAGCCCAUACUAAUGUAAAUGGAGGGAUUAUAUCCUUACAGGAAGCGCGAUUGAUUGAUAAUUCUUCAGUUGACAAUUUUGGAAGUGUUGCCCAAGAUUAUGGAUACGGUACAACGCUUACUCCAGUUGAUAUGCCGGAAGGCGAGUGCUGGUUAGGGACCAAUGGCAAGGUUGGAACAUAUCGAAUGGUAAAUGCAGACAGCGUAAGCUCAGCUGGUGAAGAUGGUUUUAAUAAAGUACCACAAUUAUGGAACAAAUACUACUCUCUACCAAGAGAAAAUCUUGAUCGCUGUAACAGUCUCACGAGCCUUAAGCAGAAAAACGUCUGCGGAGCCUCAAAUGCUGCUGGAGCUUUAAUGACUCCGUUGAGUGAAGACGAUGAGAAAACACGCGAGCAUACGUCUUUAGGUCAUUGGACGCCAAUGAAGCUAGCCUUUGAAUCUGGCAAUAAUGGGUCACAUACGGCUUUACCAGUUACUUUACUCCCGGCAGUGUGCCUACGGUCUACAGGAGAAAAUGCCUUAACAGCAAAUAGCUCCUUCGUAUCCCAAGCACCGACUGCGUUUCGACCAGGAGUAAAACUUGACGUGGAUGUCAAGGCGGCAGAACAUGCAUCUGAUUCGGGACAAGGGGGAAGUGAUGAGGACUCGCAAUCACAGUCGUUAACUCAGCCUCCACCUCUCAUCAACCUAGUUCAAUUGUCUUGUGAAUUCGGUGAAAAUCCAUGGAGAAGGGCUGCGGGAGGAGAGAGUCUAUGCAGCGAGGAUUUUCUCCGUCUCCCGAAUUCAAAUUUUCUCAGCAAAAGUAAUAAUGCCAACAAUCCAGAAGAAAAAGUAAUUGUCGCCGAGCGUCUGAAUCUGAGCUAA